UUUUUCCAUCUGCUUUUGAUUUAUUUAAUUUUUCAUUUAAAAAUAGUUUCAUACGCGGGGGAUACGCAUUUUUUUUUUCAGUAAUUAAAUUAUUCAUUACUAGCUACUAACAAAUCAAAAUAAAGCUCUAUAUAUAGCGAGAUACUAUUAUACAAUUUUUUUCUGGUAAUUGUUUUCUCCAAGCACGGUCAGCAGGAAAUCAUGCAGCAAGAACCAACAUUAGCUUUGCGACAAAAGAAAAAAGCUCGUACUGUUGAGAAAGAUGAAUAUGGAGAGAUCGAUCCUUUACAAACAACGGGUUCGCCACAGGGAAGUAUGUUAUCAAGAAACAUACCAUCAGUUACAAGUACAUAUAGCCAUGACUCGGAAAUGAUCACACGAAUACUUGACGACACAGUAUCUGAAAGUGAUUAUUCAACUCCCGAGACAGAAGCCAAUGUAAUACAUCAUUCGAUGCAGGUAAUGGAGAGUAUGUAUGUUAAUCUAUUAGAAAUUUAUGAUGGUAUACCGGAUAUCGAUGAGAUCUCUGAAGAUGUAGAAUCACGAAAAAGUGUUCCCAUUAAAGAGGACGCGACGCGUCCUAGUGACGAAGGCGUAUUUGUAGAUCCACUAACUGGUGAGAUUUUACCAAAGUCAGCUGAGCGUGUUUCAAUUACAGCCGAAUCCGAAGUUGAAGAAAUUCUAGAUGGGGAAGGUGAAGAAGAAACUGAGUCAAGUGAGGAAUUACAACCCGAACUGUCGAUCUCUGAAGAUAGUGAGAUGCUACAAUUACUGGAACUCGAAAAAGCGGAGGAAGUAUUAACUAACGAAGCAAUUCAAGUAGAUGAAUUAGAUGAUUUUUUAUUGAAAGAAACGAUACCGAUAGAGGAGAAACCAAAUUUAGCUGCGCUUAGAGCAGAACAGUUAGAACGUGAAAGGAUAUAUAAAAUAUUGUUGACGGAAACUGAAACUUUUCUACAAACCAUAAUCGAUGAGGUUAUAGAGUACGUCGAAUAUAAGCAACCUAUAGAAUUAUUGCGUAAUAAUUUAGAUAAACGCGCUUUGAUGAAUGAAAUCUCAACAAAAAUCAACGAACUAGAAGUGGAACGUACAAUACGUGGCAUCCUCAAUCGCAAAGCUGUUGAAUUCUACAAACGUAAAGGAUUAUAUUUAGCCAUAACAGAUGACUCACCAGAUCAAAUUAUGGAGAAUAUAGAUAAACUCAAUUAUGCCACGACACAGUUGGAUCAGGCAAUUGGUUUGGAGCAUACAAUGAAAAUGAAAGCGGAAUUGCAACAAAAUGAGUUGAAAGUCAAACUCUCGCAAAUGCAGGAAAUGGCACAACAGAAAGAGGAAGAGUUCAAAACUUUGGUACUCAACACGCUGGUAAAAAAUAAGGGUAAUUCAUUAACGACUAUUUCGGGUCUUCUUAACGAAAUGUUUACAACAUAUGAUGAAGUAUGCCGAACGUAUUUCAAACUGAUUCAAAUACAACACACGAAAACUGAACUUCAGAAAGAAAACGAUUAUAUAGAAUUCGGCCAGGGUCUACAACAAUAUGUGAUCUUGCAAACGGAAGCAAAAGAUUUACACAAAAAAGUUGAAGAUCGCAGCGUUGAAUUGGACAUUGUUCGUGCACGCUGCAAUCGCGAUAUUCAUGCGUUCUCAAAUGUAAAACUCAAAAGCGAUAUUGCACGAAUUGUAAAUGGCAUGAAGAAGAAGACGCUUGCCUGUUUGGUGGCGGAUAGGAAAGAAAGUCGUGCGAAAUUAGUACACUUAAAAGAGGAGCGUUUACAUUUGCAAAAACAAAUACGUGAAUUAACAUUCCAAACUGGUUUGCUAAGCAAUCCCCCACUGUUGAGAGAUUACGAUAACACCGUUGAACAAAUGGAAAAGACGGCUCAACACAUCGCGGCAUUGCGUAAGCAGAAAAAGGUAUUAGUGGCAACAAUAAACAAAAUUGAAGCACAGUGUAAAGCUAGGGAGAUACUUGGGUAAAAGAAUGAAAAUAAAAACUAUUUCACAAAUGUGAAAGGCAGUA